CGUGUUUCCUGAGAUCCGAGGACCACUUUUAGCGUAGGUCGUGUUAGGGGGGGAGGUGUUUUAUGUUUUGUUAUUCUGUUGAUUUGCUGUAUACUUAUGCCAUCCAUAAGGUCGUCAUGGGUGGGAUAUGAAUUGAAAAAUAAGUGACAGGACAAUGGCUUUCACGUUGCAAAUUUUGAACGGUGUUAUCUAGAUAGCCGAACACCACUGACAGGGAAAGGCACGAGAAAGUUCCCCUCUAAUGGUAAUCCAGGAGGCGCAUGUGGAGUGCUGCAAAGUAAUGGGCAUCUCAGUGAGGGGCUGAGGAAUUUGGGCUGCUCGAAGAGUGUGUCUUGCACAUUAGCGACAUUUCUCUUCCCAGCUCCGAACACAAGGCUGUUUGUGUCUCUGUAGCUACGCCGCUAGAGGUGAACCGCAAGCCGGGCUGCAGCUGAAACAUGACGCCGCGGCUGCAGCCGGCUGUUGUUAGGUGGAGUGAAGCGGUUUAGAAUAACAUAUCCCGUGCUUCGAGGGGCUAUCGCUCAGGCAGAGUCGGUCGGAGGGGUCCCGGGUGUAGUAUUUGGGGAGGACUGUUCGGCUCACAACGGUCAGCGAAGCUCCUACCCGGGACAGAACUGGGUGACGUUGAAAGCUAACAAACGCGCGUUUGGCAGAAAUCGGAAAGAAGCUAACCGUUAGCUGGUUACUGAGUAUAUCUCAUCCGAGCUAGCUAGCUAGCGAGAUAGCUGGCUAGCUAGUUAGGGGGGAAAACUGAGACACGCUUCAAAAAUAUUGGAACAAGACAACUGGGGAAAUAGCUAACGGAUACAAGACGGAGAAAUCUGACUUCAGCUAGCAACACGAAAAUAUUAAGACAUAAAGUGGAUGUCGUCGCAGAGGAGGUUAUGGUGACCCCUGCGCUGUGCUGACCCCCCGUCCCCCAGCUGACCUCCAGCUUACAUGCGCCCGGGCCAGCGCGAGGUGAUCGCAAGGUAGCUCCACCGCGGGACUCGGUUGUUAUCAGGAACACAGGGCUCGGCGCCAGCCCCCGCCCCUCCUCCCCCCCCCCUUCGCGCUUCUCCAUGGAUCUCCGGCUGGCCUCGCUGCUGCUGCUGUGGACGCUACUGGUCCUCCUGACCUCAGCGGUCAGGCCGUCUGCGGGACAGAAGGUUUACACGAACACCUGGGCCGUCCACGUGACCGGGGGGGCCGAGGAGGCCGACCGCAUCGCCAGGAAACACGGCUUCAUCAACCAUGGCAACGUGUUUGGUGAUUAUUAUCACUUCCGGCACCGCACGGUGACGAAGAGGUCUCUGUCCGCCCACCACGGGACGCACGUCAGGCUGCACAAGGAGCCCCAGGUGAUGUGGGUGGAGCAGCAGGUGGUGAAAAGAAGGAAGAAGAGAGAUAUCUACACGGACCCCACAGACCCCAAGUUCGCCCAGCAGUGGUACCUGUACAACCCGAAUCGUCGAGAUCUGAACGCCAAAGGAGCCUGGGAGCAGGGCUACACGGGGAGGGGCGUGGUGGUGUCCAUCCUGGAUGACGGCAUCGAGAAGAACCACCCCGACCUGCAGGACAAUUACGAUCCACAGGCCAGCUACGAUGUCAAUGAUGGGGACUCAGACCCCCAGCCACGAUACACGCAGCUCAACGAUAACAGACAUGGGACUCGCUGCGCGGGGGAGGUGGCGGCAGUGGCCAACAACGGCAUCUGCGGAGUGGGCGUGGCCUACAACGCCAAGAUCGGAGGUGUGCGCAUGCUGGAUGGCGAGGUGACCGACGUGGUGGAGGCCCAGUCCCUCAGCCUGCACCCUCAGCACAUCGACAUCUACAGCGCCAGCUGGGGCCCGGAGGAUGAUGGGAAAACCGUGGACGGCCCCGCCAAGCUGGCCAAGGAAGCCUUCCUGCGCGGAGUCACCGAGGGCCGCGGAGGGCUGGGCUCCAUCUUCGUGUGGGCGUCGGGCAACGGCGGCCGCGAGAAGGACAGCUGCAACUGCGACGGCUACACCAACAGCAUCUACACGCUGUCCAUCAGCAGCAGCACGCAGUUCGGCAACGUGCCCUGGUACAGCGAGGCCUGCUCCUCCACCCUCGCCACCACCUACAGCUCCGGCAGCCUCAACGAGAAGCAGAUCGUGACCACCGACCUCCGCCAGAAGUGCACCGACUCGCACACGGGAACGUCGGCCUCCGCCCCCCUGGCCGCAGGCAUCAUCGCCCUCGCCCUGGAAGCCAAUAAGAACCUGACCUGGAGAGACAUGCAGCACCUGGUGGUGAGGACCUCUCACCCCGCCCACCUGACCACCAACGACUGGAAGACCAACGGCGUUGGCCGCAGAGUGAGCCACUCCUACGGCUACGGGCUGCUGGACGCCGGCGCCAUGGUGGCCCUGGCCAGGAACUGGACCAACGUGGGCCCCCAGCAGAAGUGCGUCCUCUCCAUGGUGUCCGAGCCCAGGAACAUCGGCAGCCACCUUGUGAUCAGUAAGAGUGUAGAUGCGUGCUACGGGAGGCCCAACUACGUCAGCUCUCUGGAGCACGCCCAGGCUCAGCUCACUCUGUCCUACAAUCGGCGAGGAAACCUGGCCAUCUACCUCAUUAGCCCGCAAGGAACCCGCUCCACCCUGCUGGCCCCCAGGCCUCACGAUUACUCCUCAGAGGGCUUCAACGACUGGGCCUUCAUGACCACCCACUCCUGGGACGAGGACCCCCGCGGCGAGUGGACCCUGGAGAUCGAGAACGUCGCCGGGGCCAGUGACUAUGGGACUCUUACACAGUUCACUCUGGUCCUCUACGGCACUGGAUCCAGCUCCAUCAAUCUCUCCGGCUCUGACUACAGCCAGCCCUCAAACAACAGCUGCAAGACCUUUGAUGACAAGCAGGUCUGCAUAGAAUGCAGCACAGGGUACUCCCUGUUCCAGCAGGGCUGCGUGAGAGACUGCCCUCCGGGCUACACCUCGGGGACCCAGCCCUUGAACUUCUCCCUGGAGAACUGGGUGGAGCUCUCCUCCGUCCAGGCCUGCCUGCCCUGCCACCCGUCCUGCCUGACCUGUGCCAGCCCCAGCUCCACAGACUGCCUCUCCUGCCCUCCCCACAACCACCUGGACCCCAUCACCGGCACCUGCCUGCACCAGAACCAGAUCCAGCGCGAGUCCCCCGACGGGCCGGCCAGCCAGGCCGACGCCGGGGGCGCCCCGCGGCCGGAGCUGUCCUCCCGCCUGCCCGCCACCGUGGCCGUGCUCAGCUGUGCCUUCAUCGUCGCCACGUUCGUGGGGGUCUUCGGCCUGCUGCAGCUGCGCUCGGGCAGCGCCCCCUGUGGCGGGCAGAGCAAACUGCACACACUGGAGUCCGGGGUGGGCGCCCGCGUGGGCUUCGGCAUCGGCUGGGGGAGGGUGGUCUCCUACAAGGGGAUCCCCUCGGUGUGGGGCGAGGACGGCCUCAACUCGGAGUCCGAGAACGAGGAGUUCGACAGCCACAGCGAGAGGACUGCCUUCAUCAAAACGCAAAGUGCUCUUUAACCCAGCUCCUCUCUCACGCCUCUUUUGCGUCCUCACGUUUUUUUCUUAAUUAUUUUCCGCGCCCUCUCCUCUUUUUUUCCUGGUGGAUCUUUCCUUUCCACCUCCAGACUCUUUCUGUUGAGUUUCUUGCCCCUGUGUUUCUGUGUCUUCCACCCUUCCUGCUGGUGACCUGAUGGGGGAGCUAGAGUCCCGUGCAGCUGGGGAGGGGCCUCGCUCAGUUCACACCUGGGUGCCUCACUGCUGCUGGGUUUGGGUGGGAUGGGAUGAGGGGGUGCGUGGGGCUCUCCACACCUCCAACCUCCAAUCAACAAAAUUCUGUCUUCUUUGGGGUUUUUAGCCAAUCGGGUUAGAAUGGCGACUGAGAGGAAGUGAUUUCACAAAUAGUUCAUUGGUUUUCCCUUGGCGGCAAUAAACAAAUAACCGUUGUUUUCCCGCUUCCUCCUCCUCUGUUUUCCAUGUGGGUGGAGGUGUGAUCGUUGGGCUGUAAAACCGCCGCUAAAGCCAGCCCGGGCAGCGGGGAGAGGGGAGGGCGUUGCGCGGGUCACAGGAGCUGGCGCUAAUCGCGCACGGGCCAUCCAUUCUGCCUACCACCGCUACCCUCAGAGCGGGAACUCCGGCGGUUUCCCCGCUCUGCACAGUUGUUUGAGAACGGCAGCCGCGCUCAUUCAUCCGUCUGGAGGACGCGAAAAGGUCUCGCCGCAGAUCAAAGGAGCUCCCUCUGUCUGAGAGAGAGGACGCUCAAUCUCCCGGCGAGGUGGCAUUUUCCUUAACACUAAAUGAGGUAAUGAUGGCCAUCAGCUCCGCUCACCGCACCCCCCCCCCCCCCCCCCCCCCCCGUCUCCCUGCGUAACCUUUUCUCUGACGUCAGGCUGUGAGUCAGCGCGCUCUGUCUGGUACGUGAUCGGUAAAGACCACUAACUCACCCCGGCGUCAGUCGAUAAAGCAGCGGGAGAGUGAGGCUUUGUGAACCCCAGAGAUGGAGGGAGUUGCUGUGUCCUGUCAAUCACUGGCUUCUGUGAACUAAUGAGAGGACUUUGUUCUCCAUAGCAAAACACUACGGAUUGCUUUAAAGCGGCGGGUUAUUGAUAAGGCGUGAUGGCUCCGCCGGUUUUGGGCGUUCACAUCGCUUCAUUCUGUCAUCGCUAAUAAAUAUGAAGGGUCAAAAUGCUGGCUUCACCCGAUUGCAGGGGUUGUUUAAAUUGCACUGGCCCAAUGCUUUUUGUAACAAAUUUCCGUAUAACACUUCCCAAGUUUCCAAGGCUAUCUUAGCAGCAUUUGACCAAAUGAAGCCCUUUGGGGUUUGUCACUAUUCACCGCCUAAGGGCACAGAAACAUUUUUUUCCAUCACUUCUAGGUGAUAUAAUUGUCAGUUCCGAGUGCCGGGACAGAAUGUGGUCUGGAGCGGAGCGUUCGUUCCUUUUUGUUUUCGUGCAGCGUGCCCGGUUGUCCGUGUGUGUCGGCACAGAUUUGAAGGAGCCGUGGCGAGAGGUUUAGCGCGCAGUACGUGUGACUUAAAGACUAGGGCUCAAUGGGGCCAUCUCCACACAGUGACUUAAAUGGGCUGGAUUUUUACACAGAGCAGAGCAAGUGGAGCAACACCCAGUGCCCAAGCACAAGGUUUUACUCCACAGCCUCUCCCUCUCUCUCUCUCUCUCUGAAGCGGUCUUUUCUGUUGCUGUUUGAGCCACUUAGUAUAACCUAUUGGUCUUUUUUGUCGUUAUGAAACAGUUAUUUUGUGAGUGCAAUAAGUAAAACAAGGGGAGGGCAUAACGACAACAUUAGGAGUGUUAGAAAAGGGCAGAUUUAGUGUCUGGUUUUCAGUCCAACCGUGCGCCUGGCAGGUCUGUGGAAUUUGUGUUGCUCAUGCUAUUAAGGCGAUGAAUAUGUAUUUGAAGGCUGGUUGUUUACUGAAAGUGGAAUUCCUUGGCCUCUGGAAGCAAUCUGGCUUGAAAAUAAUCACACACUGCUUAUCGCUAUCGGCGCUGUCCUAUCUGUGACAGGGAAGCUGGAAAAAAUGGAAUAUAUCUGCCAAUUGAUUACAUUCAGAGGGACACUACUGCUUUUUUUUCUCUCAAAUGCUCCAAGGGACUUGCUUUUCAUAUCUAUAUCGAAAACCUUUUUCUUGAUUAACUACAUAUCCUUUUUUGCUAUAAUAUGCAUCUUGUUCAUUUUCUCCUGAGUAUAAAAAUGAAAUCCUCACUCACGUUUUUACUGUCCGCAGACAGCUUUUUGCUGAUGCUGACUUUUCAGCGUGUCGUUUUAGACAGCGGCAGGCCAUUUCCGACACGGAGAUGACAUGCAGACAAGGUGCAAUGGUAGCGCUUGCGUUCAGUCCCCUAGUCAUGCCUGUGAUCUUCAAAGGAAUGACAUCGGGUGGAUAUGCAAUACAGGGUUCCUUUUAAAAGAUGAAAAAAUACCCAAGUGCAGACAGAAAAGUUAAGCAGGCCCGACGUCUUCAAAGGGUUCCUCUCCAGGGCUGAUGGGGGUCUCCUCGCUUUUGCAGAUGUGUUCUUUUGAAACUCUGGCUGGCCUCCGUCCACCAGGACUGUAAUGAUGAUAUUAACUGCCCCCCAGCUUCUUUUUUUUUGUCCUGAAAGCCUCGCCUUGUCCUUUUUCUCUCUCUAUAAUGGUGUGUCCUGUCAAGUAACAUUACGUCGGUUUGGGAC